UUGCCUGUGAAAUUUGAAUGUUCUAAUUAGAUAAUAAAUUAUAUUAUGGUUCGAUAUGGAGACUGCGGCUGAUGUUUGGAGAAUAAAGCUACUUACACGAAAGAACAAAGAAAUCGACGAAACGAGAAGAAAAUCAAACGUCGACGUUAUCGAGAGAAAGUUCUCGAAGGUAUUUUCGUGUACGUCAUGUCGCUACACCAAAUCCAAGACGUGCGGCAGUACAGAGGAGGGCUUGAUGUGCAAGAAGCCGCCUCCGAUCCCCGAUCACUCCUUCGCUAGCCUCAAACAAAUCCUCAGCGAGGACUGCUCCAACUGUUGCGGCACCGUUAUUGAAUUCUUCAAAGAAGCGUUCAAGACUAUUCAGGGGUACCCCAAAACUCGGGUGUGCGAUAUCCUCGCUGAUAUGAGUGAUUACCUCCUCGCAAUAGCCAGUGAUUGCGUUCUGUUGUUGAGAAGAUGUUUUCACUGUUUUAUGUCUGCUAAAUAAUCGUUUUUUUUUUU